GGGGCGCUGAUGAGUCCAUGUUCAAUAGUUUGAAGAGCACAAGAAUAAGAAGUGUUGCUACUGGAUCUUAGUUACUUCUUAAAUGACAUUAGACCAAAAUUUACAGUAUUACCGUUGGUUUAAAAAUAAUUUACCAAACUUCAGCGGAGAGUUGUAGCCUUUCUAUUGUCCGACUAUCUGCGUUACUCGGAAAAUGCGGGACCGGACUAAAGAAUUAAAUAAUAAGGCCGAGAGCUCAGACGAGGAUGAGGAGGUCAAAUCUCUGAUGUCCAAGCCUGGGAGCUCUUCAGCCAAAGAGGAGAAGGAAAAUGAAGCCUUUUUUAAAAGGGUGCAAGAAAUUCACGAGGGGCUGCAUAGUCUCAGGAAGAUGGUGUCUGACCUGGAGAACAAGCAGAAGACUGUGCUGGGCGUGGCAUUGCCGGAGGAGAGUAUGAAGAAAGAGCUACAGACUCUUCGAGAUGAGAUAAAGAUGCUGGCGACCCAGAUCCAGAGGAAACUGAAGAGUAUUGAACCUAAGAAGGGAGAGGAGGAUGGAAAAUACGUUCCCAUAAACAUUCGAAUGCAGCGGACACAGCACGGCGUCUUGUCCAAGGAGUUUGUGGAGCUGAUGGGUUACUGCAACACCAUCCAGGCCCAGUACAGGGACCGCAACGUGGAGAGGAUACAGAGGCAACUUAAGAUCACUGGGACCGAGGUGUCGGAGGAGGAUCUGGACGCUAUGCUUGAAAGUGGCCAGACGGAUGUUUUCACUCAGAAUAUCUUGAGCGACGCUCAAGCUACAAAGCAGGCACUGAAUGAAAUUGAGUCCCGGCACGAUGAGAUCCUAAAGCUGGAGAAGAGCAUCAGAGAGCUGCAUGAAAUGUUCCAGUACCUCGCCAUGGAGGUGGAGGCUCAGGGGGAAAUGGUGAACCAGAUUGAAAACAACAUCAAAAAGUCCUGUGACUAUGUGGAGAAAGGAAAAGACAACCUAGAGCAAGCAGUCAAACAUCAUAACAGCGCACGCAAGAAAAAGGUUUGGAUCGCGAUCUGUUUGGCCAUCCUCCUCCUCAUCCUAGCCAUCUCACUGGCCGUCACCUUCUCCUAACACCAGGCAGUGUGGGUCGGCUGUAUAUCGAUUUGGCAGAAGCACAUUUCCCACUUUCAUGUAAAUAUCAGCCCACAGGAUGACCGGGUGAAUUUAGUCUGUCGUCUUCCCGCUACAUCAUCUUUUCACAUUUUGUCUUCCUCUAACUCCCCUGCCCUCCUAAUGGUUCUUUUUGUGUUUUCUUUAAAGAAGAGAUGUGCUCUCUGUUGUUUUAACUCAAAUAAACUACAGUCAUGCCUGUAUUUCCACUUCCACUCAAGCCACACUGCUGCUGGUUUAUGACUCCUCAUUGGGAAAGCUUGUGAACUGUUACACCAGAGCCCCUUCCCCCUAUGAUAAAGAGGAUAUAAGUGGCUUUAGUGUGACACAACGCAGUAUUGAAACCUGAUACCGGUGCUGAUCAUACUGUACUCAGGAAAACUGAUUCUUGUUACGGUGUUUGUGGAUGAAUUGAAAGCAUAAAUUAGUUCGAAUAGAAUAGAGGUUUCUUUUAUAGGCUGGUAUAAAUGUACAUAACAUUUCUGUGGAUUAUUUUUAAAACUUGAUGUUUCUGCCUACAUGUAACAAGUGUAAAUAUUUUUUGCAGCCCCACCCCCUUCAUUUUUUAUUAUACAAAGGAGUCUCAGCACUGCAGUAACAGGCCUGAGGCCCCUUUCUUUUUGUCCUAUCAGUGUGUUUAUGAUUUGACCAUCAUUGUGUAGAGCUGCCCCAACAGUGAAAUCCUUUUUUAAAAAGGCAUUUCAAAACCACCUUCUCCCUUACAACAAAUGUAUGUUUUGUUGUGCACUAAUAUUGCCAAGAACAGAGUGAGUGAGUUUUUAUGUUUGAAUUCACAUAGCGAUGUUUCAGCUGAGUCUCCUCAGCUCCACCUGACAUGUACGCUGUACCGUCGCACUGUGCCUCCACUUCUCCACCAGGUCCCUAGUUUAGUAAUUAGUUGAUUUUAAUUGAAAAAUCCUGGUGCAGUAAUGUGUUUACUAACAAGACAACCCCUUUAUGGAGACAAAUAGUCACCAUUGUGCAACACAAUGUGAAAAAUACACCAAACCAAAACUUUCAUGUACAGUUCUUGCUCAAGUCACCUUUAGCUUGUCUGCACACACGAGAGCAGACAGAAAAAGAAGAGUGACUUUGUUACUGCUGAAUGUUGCAUCACAUUUAUUUUAAUAUUUGUUUUUAAAAUAAAAUACUGCCAUAUUCUAUUGUUCUGUGUUUGUCAUUAUAGGACCGUUUUGUGUAGUCCAUAUAUAUUAGCUGAAGGUUUUUUUGUAAGUUACACCAAAGAAGUAUUUCACAUUACUUAACAGCUGUGACAUGAACCUGCAUUUCAAUCACAAACAAAAAUCUUCAACACACUAAAAAAGUAGCAACUAAUUUUUGGUCUUUUUAUUCAGCUGUAAUUGUCUUAAUUUUUCAAGUAAAACAAUGUGGAAUUACAAGGGAUCAAAGGAAUGCAA